ACCACCUGCUAAGGAGGGAGGAGAGCCCCAGGCCAGCUUCUCUGGGGGGCCAGAUGCUCCGGAUUCAAAGUUCUCCGUUUACAGGGUUGGCGCGGGGCUGUCCCUGCGGAGCGAGUGCCUUGUUCCCCUGGAGGUGGAUGGGAAGGAGGUUUAUGGUUACUGGGACAUGGGCGCAGAGGUGACACUGGCCCGGCCCGAGGUGGUGGCCCCAGAUCGGGUGGUGCCCAACACCUUCCUGACCCUGACCGGGGUGGGCGGGACCCCAUUCAAGGUUCCCGUAGCGAGGGUACACCUGAAAUGGGGGGCCAAGGAGGGCCCCAAGGACGUGGGAGUGCACCACCAUUUGCCCACUGAGGUGUUGAUGGGGGGGGACCUAGAGGACUGGCCAAGCAGCCCCCAGACCGCCUUAGUUGUGACCCGCGGUCAGAGCCGGCGAGGGGCACUGCGCCCUGGCCUUGGGGGGGGUGCCUUGCCUGAGGCGCGGGACCCUAACCUGGUGGGGAGGGAACGCCCAGGGACGCGGCUCAGGGAGGCUGCAGCUUCGGACCCAGCGGGCGAGAAAGAGCAGGUGGCCAUCCCCGUCCCAGUUGCUGAGUUCCAGGCCGAGUUACAGAGAGAUCCCUCCUUGCGGAAGAUAAGGGACCUGGCCGACCUCAAUGCGGUACAGACCAUGGGACGAGGUGGCCGGAAAAGGUUCCUGUGGGAGAAGGGGUUCCUGUACCGAGAAUGGGCUCCCCCAGGGAAAAUGGAGUCAGGGGGGAUCAGGAGGCAGCUGGUGGUACCCCAGAAGUAUCGCCGCCAGCUGCUGUGCCGGGCCCAUGACAUUCCCCUCUCAGGGCACCAGGGAACCUGGCGUACCCAGCAGAGGCUGCUACGGAGCUUUUACUGGCCUGGGGUCUUUGUUACUGUCCGACAGUACUGCAGAUCCUGUGACCCCUGUCAGAGGGGGAGGAAGGCCUGGGACAAGGGGAAAACAGCUUUAGGACCCUUGCCCAGCAUAGAGGAGCCUUUUCGGAGGGUGGCCAAGGUAAAAAGGGCGGCUCUAAACCAAGAGAGCCCAAAGCACAGACCUCCAGACUGGAGCGCUGGGAGAAGACCACAGCCCAGUUGGAGCCCCAGAGGUAUGGGGGUGGGAAAAGGGCGCAGGCCGCAUAAACCUUCCCACAUGCGAACUGCGAGUGCCAUCAAGCACCCCCGACCUAAGGGGGGGCGUGAAACUGGAGGGGCCUGGUGUAAUUCUCACCAAGGAAUGGGAGGGAUGCGGGGGCAUCCAUGGGAACGGGGGUAGGUUCGAACUUCCCCGGGUCACUGGCUAAAGUGACCCUGCUCAGUUCGGUCUCGAAGGGGGGAGAGAUGUGACGAACUGGGCCUGUUCUCACUGUGGUCUGUGAAUGCUGACAGGGGAGUGUGCUGGGAUAGUCUGCAUUACAGGAUGGGAUCUGCCCGAGGGCGCAUACCUGAGUGUGUAACAUGAGAACCCAGGAAGGGGUUGAAGGCGAGGCGACUCCUUAGCCGGGGAAACUGAACAAAGGCUGUGGGAGGGGUCGCUGAAAGCAGAGGGCGGGAAGCAGGCUGGAAGGAGGCUGGAGAGAUGGCUGGGAGGCAGAGAUGGCUCUGACCCCCCAAAGGGGGGUGGGCUGGCAUGCCCUGGGACCCCAAGCUGGACCUAACUGAGGGGGGGGCCCUGUUGUCUGUGCCUGCAAGACCUGUCUUGGACUGUAUUCCUGUCAUCCAAAUAAACCUUCUGCUUUAC